AUGGUUUACACGAUGCCGCUGAUCAACGAUCUACUGGAGGAUCUCGAGUCUACACUGUGGUAUUGCUCUUUGGAUAUGGCGAGCGGAUUCUGGGUGAUCUACGAGCGGAUGAUCGACAAUGCCCUGUAUGGGUUCACUCGGAUCCUGAAAAUGGCAGGUGAUCUGAAGCAUCUGGAUGUAUUCGAGGCCGGAGAACCCGAAGAUCCGGGCAAACCAUCGGUGUUAGGACGCAGAUCCUACAUCGACGACAUCUUGGUGCCAGCAGAUAAUUGGGAUCAGCUAUGCGACCGAGUCGAAGAUCUGCUGGAGGCGUGCGACAAAUGGAACUUGUCGAUCAGCGUUGUCAAGCGUUUCUGGGGCAUGCCCAAGGUGGAGUAUCUCGGUCACAAGGUGUUGCUCGACGGACCGGAGGCGAAUCCGAAGGAUCUGUCGGCGCUGACGGAUUUUGAGUUUCCCGGAUCCCUGCCGUCUGAGCUGUAUGAGUUGAGGGAGAUCGACUAUGCUUCGACGGAGAAGGGCAUGAAUCGAAGCCGGAUCCAGCUAGAACCUGCAUCGGAAUCCUCGGAUCCAGACAUAUUGACUGAGGAUCCGACGAGUCCGCAACCUUCGGAUCCGAGCCUGCGGGGUCAGGAUCCCGGAUUUAGUGAUCAAGAUCCGAACCUAGCAUCACGGGAUUCGACGCCUAAUUGCGUAAAGACGACGAACCCCAAGAAUGACAAUCCUGCGGAUCUGGAUCCCAGGUGGAUCCAUGGUCACAGAUCAUUCAAGGUGCUAAAGGAGAAGAUAGCGAAGACGCCGAUCCUGCGGCACUUCGAUCCGGAUCGACAAGCAGUGGUGGUGGUAUAUGCCAGCGAUUGGGCGAUUUCCGGUGCAUUGAUGCAAGAAUAUGAUCAGGUUUACUAUCCAGUGAUGUUCGCGAGCCGUACGUUGAAGUCCAACGAAUUGAACUAUGGGAUCGACGAGAAAGAAGUGUUAGCGUUGUUCCGGAUCCUGGAUCUCAACUAUAAUACUCUGGUUGGGAGACCGAUCCGAGUGCUGAUACGACACUCCACAGUGGCUUGGUUAUUCAGAUUCAAUGCACUACAAGGUCGCCUGGAACAGUGGUCCCCGCUACUUUCACCCUGGACCCUCGAGAUCGUCAAGUGUAACAAGGGCGAGGAUGAGAUUCUGGGCACAUUAGCAGCGAGUAUCACCCCCAGAUCCGAAGUCGACAAAGCGCUGAUCUCGAUCGCCUCGAAGAAAGAGCCGAGACGCAAGACCCAAGCCCCGAUCCCAACAGUAAGAUCGGAUGAGGAUCUAUAUGUCGAUAGCUUUGACGGAUCCGCCCGUGACAAGCGAGGUGGAGACGCCUACAGUGCGAUCCUGUGGAAAUUACCUGAGUGGACUGUGGUGAAGGCUAGAUCCGGCUAUGCCGAGGGUUUGACUGUCAACGAAGCUGGAUAUCACGGCCUCUUGUUAUGUCUUGAUUUGCUGGAAGGAACGGAUCCGCUGCGAUUGGUGAUCUGCGGCGACUCAAACCUGGUGAUCAGCCAAGUUAGAGGCGAAAUCGUUUGCAAGGCACCUGGAUUGACGUUAUUGAGACAAAAGGCGUUGAACAGAUUGCGGAUCCGGCCGGACCUUGAAUUGGUACAUGGAAACGGGAUUGGAACGGAAGAGCAGAUAGUCUGCCUAGUGCUGCAUUGCAACGGCAGUGCGGGAUCGAAGUCGAAACUGAUAGCGAGGUUCAGGAUCUGA